CCUUCUCUCCUAUACCACCUCUGUCUUUAGGUUAGUCCAUUGCACUGCAGAUCUCCUUUGACCUCCAUUGCUCUGUCCACGGCUUACUUUUCAUUGUCUGCAUUUAGUUUUAUUUUAAAUCCAUUUUUCAGCCCACACUAAAUCCCAAAGCAUGGCCGACAGAAGUCGUAUGCCGCGGAGAAAGGAUAAACAAGAAAAAGAAGCUGGUGAAAAGACCAAGGAUGGGAAGGAGGUGAAUCAAGAUGGGGAAAAUGCUCAACCUAAUGGAGCGGGACCAUCAUCUGAGUCGUUACCUACCAAUGAUGCCACAACUAAUGGAAAAAACGGAGAGCUUCAGGUUGAGCCCAUGGAACUACCUCCAUUUGAAAUCAUUGCUGGCGAUCGCAUCGAUCCUUUUGCAUUCAAGUUCCAGUUCAAGAAUGUGGAAUACUCCUCGGGCCGCAAUAAGACCUUCUUAUGUUACCUGGUGGCCAAAGGGAACACACCUGACGGGCUUCUGAGAGGCUGUCUGGAGGAUGAACAUGGCGGCUCUCAUGCUGAAGAGGCCUUCUUCACGCAGUGCCUGCCUGACUACGACCCUUCACUCAAAUACGCAAUUACCUGGUACAUGUCAUCGAGUCCCUGCUCUGCUUGCGCUGCAAAGAUAGUUGACGUGUUGAACGCCAAGAAAAACAUCAAAUUGAGCAUCUCGGCCGCUCGGCUCUUUGAGUACGAGGAGGCGGAGAUCCAGGCUGGGCUAAAGGCCCUGCAUAAAGCCGGAUGUAAGCUGAGGAUGAUGAAGCCUCUGGACUUUUCCUAUACUUGGGAUACAUUUGUGGAGAAUGAGGAGCAACCUCUUAACCUGUGGGAAGACUGCAAAGACAACUAUGAGUAUUAUCAUGAGAAGCUGUCUGAAAUUCUGCAGUGAACACAGUCGGCAAAAAAAAAAAAAAAGAAGAUAGAGAGAGAGAGAGAGAGAGAGAGGUAUUUUAGCAAAGCUGAACGACAAAGGGCUCGGUCGGCCAGCGAGAGAGAUAUUUUUUUUGACAGAAGGUAACUGGUUGAUAUUCAGGUCUUUCAAGCAAAGCUGUCAUUUAGCAUCAAGCGAUUUACAAAUAAGAUAUUUCGUACUUCCCCACUGCCACAAAAAUGUUGAAAAGUCACUGAGUGGCAAGGUGUGACACCUGAACGGGACUUAUGUUGUCAUAUGGAAGGUGUUUGAGAAACGUGAUCACUGUGUGACACUGCCAUUGUCUGAGUGCAGACACACACACACACACACAGACAAGUGCAAUUUUGGCGCAUUACAAUAAGAGUAUUGUAAAUAAAACCAUAUCUGAAAACAA